AUGAUGAACGUUGCUUCGGCGAUGCUUCGCUGCAUUGGUCGGGGGUUGGGGAGUGUACAUGCACGCCUAGAGGAGGCCCUCCUUGGCCCUGAAGCCCCUGAAGCUCCAGUUAGAGAUGCUAUAAUGGAAGUUGUCGAUCAAAGCCCCCGAGAUGCUCUCGUGUUCAUCAAGAUUGUUAUGCUCUUCGGCACGAUAUCGGGGGUCCUCAUCUCAGCCCCGACCAUUGCCUAUUUGUCGUUGAACUGGAGCCAUUGUGACUGCAACAAAGCCCUGCAAUGGUGGAACGCCAUCUUCACAGCCCUUCAAAUACCCCAGCUGCCCGUCCGCUAUUUAUUUUUCUGUCAUCUCUGCACCUGCCGAGGUGGCCGUCGCGAGAUCAUAGACAUGGUGAUGCGGAUGACCAGCGGCCCGGGCUGGAGUUUCUCGAAGGCCCUCAGCGUGCUGUCUUACGGCUGGUUUAUUUUAGGGGUUAUUUGGGUCUUCAAUCAAAACAAUUGCACAGAGGCAGCAGGCCUGUGGAAGCUGACAGUCAGCUCCAUAUCGGUGAGUCUGCUUCGUCUCGUCGCCACUUUUGUCUCCUUUUGGAUUUCGCUGCCGCAAGUAGGGGAGGGACGAAUAGCAGCAGCAGCAGGAGGAGCAGCAGCAGCAGCAGCAGCACGAGCAGCAGCAGCAGCAGGAACGCGCUGGCGCAGAGGUGCUUACCCUGACGAGAUUGAAGCCCUUCCAGUUAUUAAAUACAAAGACAAACUGCAGCAGCACAAGCAGCAGCAAGAGCAGCAGAAGGAGCAGCAGCAAGAGCAACAGCAGCAGCAGCAGCACAAGCAGGACAAGCAGCAGCAGCAGCAGCAGCUGCGGCAGCGACACACGAAGAAACAGCAACAAGAUGUACACUCGGGCUCCGAAGGCGAGGAUGCGCAGCAGCAGCAGCAGCAGCAGCAGCAGCAGCAGCAGCAGCAGCAGCAAGACAACGACAGGUAA